AUGGCGACAGAGCCGUCGGCCGUGUGCCCGCGAAGCGUGUGGAACAGGCGCACACACAUUGGUGGGCUUCGACAAAAACAAGCGGUGCAGAUCACGGGCGACGAGGUCGGCCGGAGAAAGCCGAAGGGAGGGAAGGAGGGCAGUGGAAGAGCCGAAGCCCAGUGCCACGUGGGGCGUUUUGCGUAA